UUCCACUCCUUCAAAAAGUGUUCCCCCCUUCAAGGCUGUCAUUCUUUUGUCCAUACGUGCUGGUUAUUCGUACAUACACACUCUCCCUCGCCCCCAAAUCGAUCCCUUACAUCGCAGUCGAUCUGCCAAUCGCCAGAAAUCUAUCCACUUCUUCAUACAUCUUUUGUGCUUGUUGAUCAAUUGGUCGGAUAACUUCCUGGAGAAGUCUCUCGCAGUCGGACACAGUUGAACUGUAAAUCAUAUCUCGACUCUUGGCUAAGACAAGAACCCACAGCAAACUCGGCAAUCAUGCGCUACUCUUACGCUCUGGGCGCCCUCUGCGCCGCUGGUGCCAUGGCCCACAACGUAGACAAGCGUUCCUACGUGACUGACUGGACCGUCGUCACCGUGACCACCACCAUCACCGAGUACCCCAGUACCCCUACGGUAUACGAGAAUGUCGCGGCCGAGGCCGCUGAUACCUCCUCUUCCACCGUCGCGGUCGCUGUAGACUCCACCACUGCUGCUGCCGCUGCCGCCGUUGAGCCCACCACCUCGUCCGUCGUUACUCCUGUCGUCGAAGCUACCACUUCAGCGGCGGCUGCUGUUGUUGUUGAUACCACUUCAGUGGCUGCUGCCAUCGUUGACACCACGUCGGUGGCUGCUGCUGCUGAUACUACUACCUCAGUGGCUGCUGUCGAGCCUACGACCACCGCUGCUGCCGUCGUCACCACGUCCUCUAGUACUGAGGCUGCCGCUGCCACUGCCUGGACCUCCGCCUGGACCUCCUACUGGACCUCCUCCUGGUCUUCUACUGCUUCUGCUGCGGAGUCGACCACUCUUGCGACCACGACCUCGUCUAGCGCCACCUCGACCGCCACCAGCGCUUACCAGUCUGCGGUCUUGUACAACCACAACGUCCACCGCAGCAACCACUCGGCUAGCUCCCUUACGUGGUCUUCCGACCUUGAGUCCAGCGCCUACACCCUGGCCGCGAAGUGUGUCUAUGAGCACGACACGAGCAUUGAUGGCGGUGGCUAUGGCCAGAACAUCGGAUAUGGUGUCUCUGCGGACGAUAUCGGCGUCAUGAUCACCAACCUGAUGUACAACGACGAGAUGGGUUACUACACUGACCUGUACGGAGAGGCGGACCCCGACAUGACCUACUUCGAUGAUUGGGGUCACUUCUCCCAGAUCGUCUGGGCUGCCACCACCGAGGUCGGCUGCGCCACGGUUACUUGCAACAGCCUUGGCAACGUUGAUGCCUCCGAAGCUCUGCCUUUCACCGUCUGCAAUUACAGCCCUGCCGGAAACUACGAGGGUGAAUAUGGCACCAACGUCAAGCGUCCUCUCGGAUACGCUAUGUACGUUGCUUCCUAAACGACGAGAGAUGCCUUCUCCCGACUGCACCUGGAGACUGUCGCUCUUGCACAACGUCAAGGAACCACCGGUUUCCCAACACCCGACGUGCCAUGACGGGGAUCGGGAUAUCGAUGCUACGGGGUGGAUGUGCCGCUUGUGGAAGUAAACACCGCCCGUGACCCAUCUUGUGCGAGGGCGGUUCUCUGGGAUCCAGCCGAACAAUGGAGAACCUG